AUGGAUGUCGAAGGCCUAGGCGAAUUUGACUUCUUGAAUCCAGAAUACAAGUGCCGAGUUGUGUUUAAUGGCAUUCCGUUCGCUUCUGUCGCCCAUGGGCUGCGCUUCCUACGAUUAUCGCAUAAAAUAGGCGGCCAAGAAUACCACUACGAUGGAUCGGACCAUUUGCCGGCGCACGUCUCCAACUUUGUGUCGACUAUGGACGUAUCCACAGCACCAGAAGGCGUUGAGGAGAAUCCUCUGUGGAAUGCGCAUCGCCACGAAUGGCUAGAAUUACUGCUUCGCGACAAGUACCGGAGGAACGGAGACAUACGCUCUCGUCUCGGCAAGACUGGGGAUAGGCAGAUCGUUUUUAAAUCCGAUGAUCUUUUUCUGGGUUCUGACGGGAAAAGCGGCCAAAACAAGGUCGGACGCAUCACGGAGCAAAUACGGGAAGAUAUGUGUGCCUACAAGGACCACCGAAUGUGGCUAUUAAUGUGCCAAAACAUGAGCUCCGAGGAUUUUUGGGUAACAGUUGAAGAGACGCAGGGUGACUCCGGCGUUUGCAAACACCGGCUCGAGGGCAAAUGCUUGUAUGACAUAGGGCGCAUUCCUUCGUGUGACCUAAAACCUGCCAACCCUUCCAUUAGCCGAGUUCACGCUUCGAUAUAUAUGAACAAGCGCGGUCACGUAUAUAUUGUGAACUACAACGAUGUUACUGGUGUGACCGUGAACGGCCAGCGGUUGGAGCCUCAUGAACCUUUUGCUCUGAGGAAUGGCGACCGGUUCACGCUUGGGGCAUCAAAACGCGUGUACCGUAUAGUGAUUGACCGCGACUUGGUGUCACGAAAGAUGGCAGAGAUUGCGCGCAAGAGUCGUGAGCUUCAGCAUAAGGCCGACCUUCAGGCGAAGCGCGUCAGCAACGAGCUUGAGACAUUUUUGAAGGGCCAUGACGAGGUGGGCAACUAUAUUUGUUUAGUGUAUGCAUUUCAGGUGGUUGUGCUCAAUGUUAGUUACAAGACCAAGCGUGCGGAUCUGUACGACUUCUUUUCGUCAUGCGGCGAUGUGGACUCGAUUCAGCUACCCCAGCACCGGGGUUCAAGUGAUGACCCUGCGUCGGACGAGACUCUGGCACGUCGCGGCAUCGCGUUCAUUAAGUUCAGGGACAAGAAAGGUGCCGCCCGGGCAUUGGAGCGUGAUGGCAUGUAUUUGAAUUAUCGCAAGAUCCAGGUGAAGUAUAAGUCUGAGGACAGCUGGGAGCCUGUGCACCGUCGUGAGCAACCGAGAUCGCGUUCUCGAUCGGGGUCUCCGCCACGACGUCGCUUUGCUGGACGUGGACGUUAUGACCGUCAACGGCCGAGCGUAAGGCGGCGAAGUCGCAGCAGAAGUGCAUCACGGCGUCGACGGCGCAGCUCCGAUUCCAGCAGCUACAGCAGAAGUAGUAGCUCCGGCAGGUCUCGAGACGAUUCACGGCGAAGCAGCACUUCACGUUCCAGCCGAGGCUGA